AUGAUGAUGAUAAUUACUGGCAUGAAAAGACCUGAGGGAUCUAAUGAACCAACACUCAAUGUCAUUUCUUCUUGGAAAUCUGGUUAUACAGGAAAAGGAAUUGUGGUGGGAGUUGUUGAUGAUGGAGUCGACGGCAGUCAUCCUGAACUAAAAGAUAACUAUAGAUGGGAUUUGAGUUACGAUUAUGUGGCUGGCAAACAGGUGCCGUUUGGAACACGAGUAUCAGGACAUGGUAAUAAAUGUGCAGGUGUCAUAGCUGGAAAACGCAAUAAUGAUUUAUGUGGUGUGGGAAUCGCUUAUGAAGCUAAUAUUACAGGCAUCCGCCUUUUUGAUGAUGACAUUAAGUCAACUGAUGCAACAGAAUCUGCAGCCUUGGUGCACAAGCUAGAAAGUAUUGACAUAUACUCCAACAGCUGGGGACCUGGGGAUAUGGCAUGGCAAAUAGAGGGUCCAGGACCGCUGACCAGUGCUGCCUUAGAAAAAGGCAUUCAAAAGGGUCGUGAUAAACGAGGUGCCAUCUACACGUUUGCAGCUGGAAAUGGCGGUAUGACGGGAGACAGCUGUGCAUACAAUGGUUAUGUGAAUAGUAUUUACACCAUCGCCAUCAACGGUGUGAAUAAAGAUGGAUCCCGUCCCAGCUACGCAGAAGAAUGUCCUGGAAUCAUGGCCACCACGUACAGUAGUGACAUGGGUGGAGGAAUUGUAACUGUUGAUAACGCAAACGGUUGUGUCAGCGAUUUCACAGCUUCGUCAGCGGCUACUGCCAUUGCAUCAGGACUGAUUGCACUGACCCUACAUGCAAACCCUAACUUAACGUGGCGUGACGUCCAACACAUCAUAGCCAACAGUGCAAGAGCAGCGCCUGGUGAAGUCUGGCUCAAACAAGGCCAUUGGCUGCAAAACAAAGCAGGGUUUCAUAUUAGCAAGGUUUAUGGCUUUGGGCUUAUGGACGCUGGCAAGAUGGUGAUGUUAGCAAGUAAAUGGAAGAAGGUUCCAGAGCAGAUAAAAUGCGAGAUCGAAGGCAGUGACAAAGACAUAAAAAUCCCAGGAACAGUUUCAAUAGAAGUGAAAGAUUGUGCUAUCAAAUUCCUGGAGCACGUGCAGAUCAGAGUCAAUCUUAAUUUCUCUCGCCGUGGCGACUUGUCCCUGCAGCUGAGAGCACCGAGUGGCACAACAUCUCCAAUGACUGGAAAGCGGUACAUAGACAACUUAACAGGAUUCAGAAACUUGACUGACUGGAUUAUUACAUCUCUUUUUCACUGGGAAGAAGACCCGACUGGCAGAUGGGAGCUUAAAAUUGAUGAUUUUGACAAGCGAUAUCCAAGUUCAGGUCAACUUCACGGCUGGUCCUUGAUAUUGUAUGGCACUUCUUCAGACCCACUUACAUCAGAACUAAGGAGCGAAAUAGAUUCGACACGUGUUAUAUCUACUGAGAAACCCAAAUAUUCAACGAAACCAAUGAGAACAGUCACCCCAACUGAACAACCCUCGUCAACAGCCAAAACAAACAAAG